AUGCCCGCCAAGAAGCGCUGCCAACUCCAAGCUGAGCCCCGCUGCAACUCUGCGGUCCUCCGCCUCGUCGGUCAAUGUCCACACUGCCGCGCGGAAUUCUGUGGAGCGCAUCGGAUGCCUGAACACCACAACUGCCAGAAUCUUGAGAGCUGUCGACAACAGGCGUUCGAGAAGAACAAGGCCAAGCUCGAAAGCGAACGCACCGUUGCCUCCAAGAUGGCAAUGACAUAA